GCAGGAAGCCAGCCUGUUCCUCUUCUCAGUACACGCUGCCCAGGCCAGCACGGCCGGUUCCUGACACGUCUGCUCCGCUCCCAGCUGGGCCCACUGUGGAGACAGCCCCUCUGCACAGAACUGAGCCCGGCUGCGACAGCACCCUGGGGCGACCUGGACCCCUCCAGAGGUCCCUAGCCUCCUGUUCACAGUCAUGCACCUCUCAGCUGUGCUUCUGCUCCUGCUCCUGGAUGCGGGAGGUGAAGCUUUUCGCAUCUGCGCCUUCAACACCCAGCGCCUGACGCUGGCCAAGGUGGCCAGGGAGCAUGUGAUGGACACCUUGGUUCCGAUUGUGGCGCGCUGCGACAUCAUGGUGCUGCAGGAGGUGGUGGACUCUUCGGACAGCGCCAUUCGCCUCCUGAUUCGAGAGCUCAAUCGGUUCGGUGACUCCGGGCCCUAUGAGUACCUGAGCAGCCCCCAGCUGGGGCGGAGCACGUACAUGGAGAAGUACGUGUACGUGUACCGGUCACGCAAGACGAACGUCCUGGAGUCCUAUGUGUACAACGACAAGGAUGACCUGUUCGCCCGGGAGCCCUUUGUGGCCCACUUCACUUUGCCCAGCAAUGGGCUCCCCAGUGUGGUGCUGGUCCCGCUGCACACCACCCCAAAGGCCGUGGAGAAGGAGCUGAACGCCCUGCAUGACGUCUUUCUGGAUGUCACCCGGCACUGGCAGAGCAAGGACGUCAUUCUGCUCGGGGACUUCAACGCUGAUUGUGCUUCACUGCCCAAAAAGCGCCUGGGUGAGCUGAUGCUGCGGACUCAGGCCGGCUUCCACUGGGCAAUCAGCGAUGAGGAGGAUACCACCGUGCGGGCCAGCACCCACUGUGCCUACGACCGCAUCGUGCUGCAUGGCAAGCGCGCCCGGGACCUGCUGCAGGCCGCGGGCGCCUUCCGCUUCCCGGAGAUCUUCCAGCUCAGCGAAGCGGAGGCUCUCAACAUCAGCGACCACUACCCUGUGGAGGUGGAGCUGAGCCAGGCGGCGAGCAGGCUCCAGCCCUUCGGCCUGGCCAGCCUGUUGCUGCUGUCGCUGCUGCUGCCACUCCUGCCCCCACCCCUGGACCUGGUGGCCUGACCCCGAUGCCCGUAGACGUGGCUACAGCUGCACUGCCUUCGGGACCUGGCCUCCUGACCGUGCUGCCCUGUGGCCCCAGCGAUUCUUGAGGGGCUCACUCCGCCCCUAGAACGGUAGUUUCGCUUGGCUUGGCGGGGCCCAGGCCUGGACCAGAAGGUAGAAGAGAAGGCGGAGAUGGGCUCGGGCCAUCACAGUAGGCUCCAGGGCUGAGGGAAGUGGGGAGAGAGCACAGGGGACCGUGGCUGAACUGCAGGGCUCAGGAAAAGGAAUCACAACAUCCUGUUUUUAUUCUGACAGACAGACAGUAAAGCUACUUGAAUGCACACAGGACCAAGUCGGACUGGAAGGGUGCUAUGUGCAGAUGCCCAACGGCUGUCCCGAGCACAGGAGCCAGAGGCCUCCACGCAGGACAGGCCUCCCUGUGGUGCAGGCGGCAAUGCCAUCCCAGCCAGGGAGGGACCCACAGCGCAGCAGCCCUCUCCCCGCUGCCCCCUCCUCGAAAGUGGACUUCACCCACCUGCCUGUCCCGCUCCCCACUGGCUCUGGUGAACCCGCUCAGUCCCGCACCUCUGGCCUGCGCCCGGUUCUUGUGUGCAAUAAACCUUCUCCAAAACA